AUGGCUUCGUCUUCACGGGCCCUCACCCGGCUUGCCGGUUCUCAAUUGAGUGCCAGAGCUCAACCGCAGCUCAAUGCGCAAGCUGCUGCUGCCAGAGUCGCCAACCUCACGACGUCAUCUGCUGCCAGCAGAGCCACUCUGUCUUCCCCCAUCAUCUCCAGAAUCCAGCGCAACCAGACGAUAUCCAGCCAGUUCAAGAGGACAUAUGCCGACUCUGCCCCUUCCACUCCCCCUGCUGCCCCCAAGAAGCGCAAGAUCCGCUACUUCAGAUGGGCCUGGCGCUUGACUUACCUCUCCAUCCUAGGUAGCUUGGGCUAUGUCGUCUACGAUGGCUUCCAAGCACGCCACCCAGAUGACCAAUUCGUCCCUGACCCAAACAAGAAGACCCUGGUGGUCCUUGGUACCGGCUGGGGUUCCGUCGCUCUCCUGAAGAAACUUGAUACCGAAAACUACAACGUCGUCGUUGUUUCGCCGCGCAACUACUUCCUGUUCACUCCUCUUCUCCCGUCAUGUACUACUGGUCAAAUCGAGCACCGCUCCAUCAUGGAGCCUGUGCGCCAGAUUCUGCGUGCAAAGAAGGCUGCCGUCAAGUACUACGAGGCUGAGGCUACUCACAUCGAUCACGAGCGCAAGGUUGUCAAGAUCACCGAUAACAGUGAAAUCAAGGGUACCAUUACUGAGAACGAAAUUCCUUACGAUAUGCUGGUCAUUGGUGUUGGUGCUGAAAACGCUACCUUUGGAAUUCCCGGUGUCCGCGAGCACAGCUGCUUCUUGAAGGAGAUCCGUGACGCCCAGGCUAUCCGAACCAAGAUCAUGGACUGUGUCGAGACUGCUGCUUUCAAGGACCAGGCUCCCGAGGAGAUUGACCGCUUGCUUCACAUGGUUGUCGUCGGUGGUGGUCCCACUGGUGUCGAGUUUGCUGGCGAGCUGCGCGAUUUCUUCGAUGAGGACAUCAAGAAGCUGAUUCCCGAUAUUGCCGACCGCUUCAAGGUGACUCUGGUUGAGGCUCUUCCCAACGUCCUGCCCAUGUUUAGCAAGCAACUUAUCGACUACACUGAGAGCACCUUCAAGGAGGAGCACAUUGAGAUCAAGACCAAGACCAUGGUCAAGAACGUGACUGACAAGUUUAUUGAGGCUACUGCUACUACUCCCGACGGCAAGAAGGAAACCAUCACCAUCCCCUACGGUCUUCUCGUCUGGGCUACCGGUAACGCUCUGCGCCCCAUUGUCAAGGAUCUCAUGACGCAAAUCCCCGCCCAGAAGGACUCCCGUCGCGGUUUGGCUGUCAAUGAAUACCUCGUCGUCCAGGGUACCCGUGAUAUCUGGGCUGUUGGAGACUGCGCUGUUGCCGGAUACGCUCCCACCGCUCAGGUUGCUUCGCAAGAAGGUGCUUUCCUUGCCCGUCUCUUCAAUAACAUGGCCAAGACCGAGGCUCUUGAGGACAAGAUCCGCGACCUAAGCUCCAGCCUGAACCUGAAGCCCGGCAACGCUGCCGAGGUUGCCCAGGAGAUUGAGGCUACCGAGCGCCAGAUCCGCCGUGUCAAGGACCUUCAGCCUUUCCACUACUCCCACCAGGGUAGCUUGGCAUACAUUGGUAGCGAAAAGGCAGUCGCCGAUAUCGCUUGGCUCAACGGCAACUUUGCUUCUGGUGGAAAGAUGACGUACCUUUUCUGGCGCAGUGCCUACCUGAGCAUGUGCUUCAGCACGCGUAACCGAGUUCUUGUUGCUCUUGACUGGGUCAAGGCCAAGGUGUACGGUCGGGAUGUUUCCCGUGAGUAA